AGUUGCCUUCUUUGACAUAACUGCAAAUGGGCAGAAAAGUGCAGCUAAAAACUGGUUUUGUCGCAAUGUACCUGUUAAAAAUAUGAAAUAUUUAUAUCGUAAAUCAAUUGCCUUCGUAGAAACACAAUCAUGAAUACCAAAUUCGAUACCAGUGAAUUCACCAGACGCUUGAAGCGAACAUUCGAUGGGAAUAUUUCCUACCGGAAACUGUUCUUAUUGUUAUUCGUUGUGGCGAUUUUCCUUCUUUACAUCGGUCCAUCAUUCCUUCGGUGGCUGUUUGGUGGCAGCGAGCCAGUGAAAGAUCAUACCAUUCGAUGUAUGGAUGACCGGUUGACGCCCUUCUAUCUGCAAAACUUGGAGUACGGUGUCAACAUCCGGCACCAACCGGUCUUCCCUCAUGAACAUGACGCCAUUCCAUACGUGGGAAAUGGUUACUUCGGGCUAGAAAUACAGGAGGACGCGCAUUUGAAUAUAUUCCGGGGUCGAGCCCUGCAGCAGCCGGUGAAUUUCCACCCGGUGGUGAGUGUGGCUACUGGAGGAGGACUUGAGACACACCGCCAAGCAACGGUGGUGGAAUAUUUGAGCGGGAUAGUACACAGAUUCCAGUGCUUUUCGGAGGGAUAUUACGCCUCCUAUCAGUAUUAUGCGCACCGAACGAUACCAUCGGUGCUGGUACAAGAGAUACAGAUAACGAACACGAAAAACCAGCUGGUCGAUGUUGAAUUGGUUGCACCCAGAAUUUCAGAUUGGCCGACUGCGGUGACCAAGAGUGUUAAGCUCCAACAUGGUUCGACGAUUCUUGAGUAUCAAGUUAUCACGGGCGUUGUGGAUGUUGCGUCGACUACGGUGGAUGAGAAACGCAUUCGGGUGGUAUCCAUUGUGGCACGUAAGAUGCCACGCGUAUUGACGUUGAAGAAACGGGGCACCACAAAGUUAGAGCUAUUGCUGACUAUAAUAUAUUCGGAACCAAUAGAAAGGGACAAAUACUCAAUAUUCAAGAGUUCUACACAACAGCAAGCCCUGGAUGCAAUGAACAAAGCGCUGCAAGCAGCGGAACACGGUGAACACAAUGCCUACUAUGCAUUCAAGCGUGAUCAUGUCAAAGUGUGGAACAGCUUGUGGGAAACCGGGUUCCAUAUUAGUACUUCCAUGGCGGAAAAUACAUUGAAUGGAAACGAUAUCAAUGCAACGAUGUACGCAGUUAUUUCUCAAUCGAGGGCGUACGAAUACGAGAAGUCGAGUAGCGUGCAGGAAAAAUCGGAUAUUGCAAGGGCACUGACUUACGCAGAAGGUUGUUAUGAUAGCUAUCAUACGCUGCAAGCCGAAAAUCUGUGGAAGAAAAUGAGCAGUUUGGAGGAAAUGAAUGGGAUAGUGGCUUCCUGGGUGUUAACGUUGGAGAAACAAGGCUGCCACAAUCUGCUUAAGGCGGGUGCGAGUGGUGUUGUUCAAGCAAUGGUUCUUAGUUUUGGCGGAUUCCGCUUCAGUAACCAACAUCUGGAGCUAAAUAUUCAUCCGAAGUAUCUACACCGGGACUAUGAAUUCCGUCGGCUUAAUUACGGCAAUAUGACACACGUAAACAUAUCAAUCGUUGUGCGGGAUGAUAACAAGGCAGUGCUGUCGGUAGCAUUGGAUCGUUCGGACCGUAAUUAUUACGCUUGUGAUGCUGGCUGUUUGGACACUCCAGUUCAGCUUGGUCCUUCAAAAACUAUCUUCCCUGUAAAGCUAACCGAACCUAUAACAUCCAUUCUGUACAUCACCUCCGACAAGAUUCACAUGGAAGAUCUACGGCACGCUAUACAUGUCAAGGAAGUGGUGGAAGCACCCGCUCACGAGCACCAUGUGAUUGCACUGCAUAAACACGGUCAUUCGUUGGGAGGUCUGCCCACACUUUUCUGGGUAUCGAUUUGCGUAAUUAUAAUCGUAUUCCACGUAUUCCUUUGCAAGUUAAUAGUGAAAGAGUACUGUGAACCACCAGAUAAAAUGCGCUACCGAUACAGCAAGCCGUAAACUGGAAAAUUUCUCAUCUCUCGGAGGGAUUCCUUUUAUUUUUUCUUUCGCUAGUAUAAACGCCGUAGCAAAUGUACAUAGUGUAGCUAUUUGGGCAUUCGACAGACGCACAUGCCGCUUUAAGGUUGCAAUAAAGGCAAUAGGCCACAUUGAAUGAGGCCUGUUUGA